UAUAUUUGAGUUGAAGCAUAAGGCGCCAAAGGGUAGCUAAGCUUCAAGAUGAAGAAGAAGAAGGAUAUUCUGUUACCACUUGCAUGAACGGAACAGCCCACGUGUAAAUAUGAAGUAUGAUUUGCAUACUUAUUGUUUUUAAGCUAUUUGCAGGAAAUCUCAAAAGGGCUUCUUAGAAUUUAUAUUAUGUAUUACGAUUCAAUAAGUUAGAUUAUUCUUUUAAACUUAGGUAAGUAUACAAAAUGGAUAUUUCUGGAGAUAAACAAAUGAUGGACUUUCUUAGAUCUUCAGUUAGUCCAGAAAAUUCAUCUUCUCAGUUAGAAUUUUCAAUCCUCAGUGAAGAGAAAGGGCUGAAUGCUACUGCUGCAGCAAGAAAAAGGUUCCUUGCAUUUACGACUGCUAAACGUACACCUACUUUAAAAAAGGUAGAGGAGGCAAUUCUAGCAAUUGGCUCAAGUAAAAAUGGAGCUUCAUUCGUUGCCAUCACAGAGUGGAUAUUAUGUAACUAUGAAAUUAUAGAUUAUUUCCAGCUGAAGAUACAAAUCAAAAGAGCCAUUUUGAAAGGUCUAGAGCAAGGAAUUCUGCUAAGAAAUAAAAGCUCCAAAAAUGCUCCAGGAAUACGUGGAAGAUUCAUUUUACCCCAGAAACAAACUAAACUUCGCAAAAAUGCAUCGAAAGCGAAACCAAAGAAAACUCAUCGAAAGCGAAGCCAAAGAAAACUCUUAACGAGUCGGAUUAAAAAAUGACUGAUUAAAGAAAUCGUCUGAAGGCGAAAUGUUUAUGCAAGCCACAUUCCGAUUUCUUAAAAGUAUUCUGAAAUAUUUAUGUAUAUUAUUAGUAGCCGAUUGACUUGUUGAAGUAAUAGAAAAAGCAAAAGGCACGUGAUAUACUUCAAGAUGCUGCUUAGAUUUUGAAGUAAUUUAGUUGCACUUUAGUAUUAAUUUUACAUCGAUCUAAAAGAUAUUUUAUUCAUUAUCUCUAUGGGACAAAUAAGCAUUCAUAAUUUAAUGCAUUUUGUAAUUUAAUUGAUUGAUCAAGUAAAUAUAUUACCUCGCGAGAAAAUAUUUUUCACAUGUUUAUUUUUUACGUAUAGUGCAAGUGAUUUUAUAUAUAUGUAGAGUUUUUA